AUGCCUCCGAACGAGGAGAAGGAGAAGCAGGCGGUAAUCGACUCGUCUGCAGUUGGACCUGAUCUUGAACCUGGAACUGGACUUGCCUCUGGUGUUGGACCCGAUCUUGAACCUGGAACUGUCGCCUCUGGUGCUGGACCCGGACUCGACAAUGCCCGUCUGGAACCAUACAGCAUCUAUGGAAGGAAAGCGAAAUGGUUCCUGGUCGCCAUGGUUGCCUUGGCUGGCUUCUUCAGCCCGUUACCCGCAAACAUAUACUUCCCGGCCAUGCCCACGCUGGCCACGGUGUUUGACGUUUCUGUCGAGUCGAUCAAUUUGACAGUGACUAUUUAUCUGGUCAUGCAGGGCAUAUCUCCCAUGCUCUGGGGACCGCUCUCCGACCGCCUGGGGCGCAGACCAAUGUUUUUGAUCUGUCUUACUAUCCUGGUGGCGUCAUGUAUAGGCCUGGCCUUGACUCCACCUUCUGCCUUCUGGCUCUUCCUCUUACUCCGUGCCUUGCAGGCUGGAGGAUGUGCAAGUACCAUUGCUCUGGGCUCCGGAGUCAUUGGAGACAUAUCAACCCCUGAGGAGAGAGGAGGAUAUUUCGGAAUGUUCAAUCUAGGGCCAAUGCUUGCUCCGUGCAUUGGCCCGGCUUUGGGAGGUGCUUUGUCCGACCACUUGGGCUGGAGAUCGAUCUUCUGGUUUCUGGCUGCUUUUGCUGCUGCUUGCUUUGUCCUCAUGGCCUGUUUUCUACCAGAAACCAUGAGAGCCUUGGUGGGGAAUGGCAGUGUCGCUCCUCCCAAUGCCAUCUAUCGUCCCUUGAUACCGGUGGUCCAUCAGGGGACCAUCGAACCCGACUCGUUGCCGAACUUCAAAGCUCAUCGUCCGUCGGUGAACCCGCUGAAGCUGUUCUUGUACAAAGAUAUCCUCCUAACCCUGUCCUACACCGGCAUCGUGUAUGCGGUAAACUACACCGUCACAGCCACCAUUUCCACCACCUUUGCAGAUAUCUACCCCUACCUGUCCGACACGUCCAUCGGCUUGUGCUACCUUGCAACCGGAGGAGGCAUGAUUCUGGGCUCGACCCUCACCGGCCAAAUGUUGGACCGGGAAUAUCGAAGAAUCCGGCAAACGUGGACACGCGAUCGUGAUCGUGAACGUGAGCAGGGAGCUGGAGUUGCUUCUGCCUCGACUAAAAACGAAAACGACAACGAAAACGGCAACGACAACGACAACGACGACUUUCCCAUUGAAAUGGCCAGACUGAGGACAAUGCCCGUGUUCUUGUUGAUCUUCGUGGCUUGUGUUCUGGCCUGGGGAUGGUGUCUACAGCAUAAAGUGUCCAUCGCGGGUCCUCUAGUGCUCCAAAUCAUCUUCCAUAUCCCAUACAACCAGGCCAUGUAUGCAUGGUCCGUGCUAUGA